AUGGAGAGAAGCAAUCACACAGUCACAGACUUCAUCCUGGUGGGCUUCACAACAGACCCUGUGAUGCAGCUGGUCCUGUUCGUGCUGUUCCUCGGCGUCUACUCUCUCACCCUCGUGGGAAAUACCACCCUCAUGGUGCUCAUCUGCAAUGACUCCCGACUGCACACGCCCAUGUAUUUUUUCAUUGGCAAUCUGUCCUUUCUGGAUUUCUGGUAUUCCUCUGUCUACACUCCGAAGAUCCUAGUGACCUGCAUCUCUGAAGACAAAAGCAUCUCCUUUGCGGGCUGCGUAGCUCAGUUCUUCUUUUCUGCUGGGCUGGCCUAUAGUGAGUGCUACCUGCUGGCCGCCAUGGCUUAUGACCGCUAUGUGGCCAUCUCCAAACCCCUCCUUUAUGCUCAGGCCAUGUCCAUGAAGCUAUGUACAUUUUUGGUAGCAGCCUCCUAUCUUGGUGGCUUUAUUAACAGUUCCAUCGUUACUAAGAAAACUUUUUCCUUCAACUUCUGCAGUGGCAAUGUCAUUGAUGACUUUUUCUGUGACUUGCUUCCCCUGGUGAAGUUGGCUUGUGGCCAGAAGGAUGACUACCAUGCUUUAAUGUACUUUCAGCUGGCCUCCAAUGUCAUCACCCCCACUGUGUUCAUCCUGGCCUCCUACAUGUUCAUCAUCGCCACCAUCAUGAAAAUCCGCUCCACCCAGAGCCGUCUCAAAGCCUUCUCCACGUGCUCCUCCCAUCUGAUCUCUGUCACCUUGUACUAUGGCUCCAUCCUUUUCAUCUAUGCUCGUCCCGGCUCUAACUAUUCUAUGGGAACAGACAAAAUAGUUUCUACCUUUUACACCGUCGUGUUCCCCAUGUUGAAUCCCAUGAUCUACAGCCUGAGGAAUAAGGAUGUGAAAGAUGCUUUGAAUAAAAUUUUCAAAUGA